AUGGAAUCAUAUGACAGAAUUCAUACUAUAGUUAGCCACAUUUUGCCAUCGGUUGAUGACAUUUGGCUUGAAUCAAAUGAUGUUUCAGCAUCGACUGCUGCUACAUCAAAUGGCAGUGAACCAUUGAAUAUUACACCAGACAAACCAAGCAAGCCAAUCUCAAAGUGGGACAAGGAAGAGUUGCGUGAGUUUUUGGAAAGCAACCCUGCCUACAAGCAACACAAGCAAGCCAUAUUGGAAGCUCUCAGAGAUCCAUUGUUUGCACCAAGAUAUAACAUGAACAAGGAAGAAUGGCGUGAACUCACUGUAAAGAGAGCUGUCAAACUCAUUCAACAAGGUUUGAUUUCAAUUACUGAUCUUAAUAGAGAUCCAAACAAAUAUUUGAUGACAUUGGAACUUGCAUCACUUGCCGAUAAUUCAUUAUCUGUAAAGAUGGGAGUACACUUUUCAUUGUUUGGUAAUGCUGUUUUGAACCUUGGUACAGAGAAGCAUCACCUCAAAUACCUCAAAGAUAUCGAUACUUGGAAGCUUCCAGGUUGUUUUGGUAUGACUGAAUUGGGACAUGGUAGUAAUGUCCAAGGCAUUGAAACUACUGCCACCUAUGACAAGGACACUGAAGAGUUUGUCAUCAACACUCCAUCAGAGAGUGCUCAAAAGUCUUGGAUUGGUAAUGCUGCCGUACACGGUCAAGCAUGUUCUGUAUUUGCUCAACUCAUCACUGGUGGUGUCAAUCAUGGUGUACAUGUAUUUGUUGUUCCAAUUCGUAAUCCAGAUGGUUCAAUUGUUGAAAAUGUUAGAAUUAUGGAUAAUGGACAUAAACUUGGAUUACAAGGAGUUGAUAAUGGUAGAAUUUGGUUUAAUAAUAAGAGAAUUCCAAGAGACAAUUUAUUAAACAAAUAUGGUGAUGUCCAAAAGGACGGCACUUACUCGUCACCCAUCCAAGGCAAGGGAAAGAGAUUUGGUACGAUGGUCAGCCCAUUGGUUGGUGGUCGUGUGUUGAUCUCCAUGUCGGCACUCAACAUCUCCAAGGCAGCCUUGAUCAUUUGCGUGCGUUACGGAUACCAACGUCGCCAAUUUGGCAGCAAGGGCAAGGAAGCCCCCAUCAUGGAAUACUUGUCGCACCAACGUCGUCUCUUCCCACUCGUCGCAUCGGCCGUCGCAUUCACAUUCACCGUACGUCAACUCAAGCAAGUGUACUGCGAACCAAACAAGACCCCUCAAAAUGUCAAGGACCUCCAUAUCCUCGCCUCGGGUGCCAAGGCCGUCGUCACAUGGUUCAAGACUCACACUCUCCAACAAACACGUGAGAGUUGCGGUGGUCAAGGUUUCAGUUCACUUAACCAAAUCGCCAACUGGAAGUCAGACUCGGACGUUGACUUGACCUACGAAGGUGACAACCACGUCCUCCUCCAACAGGUCGCUCGUUUCCUCUUGGUCGAGCUCCAAAAGGGUCGUUACACCCCAACCCUUCCAAACCACGGCACCAAGAUCUUUGACGCCUCUUUCCAAAUUCAAACACUCAAGUGGAGAGAAUCACAUCUUGUCCAAACCCUCUCACAAAAGAUCAUGGGUUUCAUCGACCAAGGCAAGAACCUCCAAGUCGCCUGGAACAGUUGUCUCGACACUGUCACAUUCUUGGGCAAGGCCUACAUAGAACGUAUCACAUUGGAGUUCUUCCAAGAAGGUAUCAACAAGGCUGCUCCAUCCCUUCAACCAGUAUUAGAACUUUGUAGAAAUCUUUUCUUUGUUUAUAGAGUUACUGAAGAUUUAGGUUACUUUAUGUGCUAUGACGGUUUAACUCAUGAAAGUGGCAUCCGCAUCAAGGAAUCAUUGAGUAAAUUAUGCCAAGAUAUGUUACCAGUCGGUCUUGACCUUGUCAAUAGUUUUGAUAUCGCCGAACAAUUCAUUCACGCACCAAUCGCACAAGCCGAUUACGUACAAGAGUUUAGAUAUGGAGUAGAAAGAAACUAUUAA